AUGGCCGAUUUCUACAUUCGUUACUAUGUCGGUCACAAAGGCAAGUUCGGUCACGAAUUUUUGGAGUUCGAGUUCAGGCCCGAUGGCAAGCUACGGUACGCUAAUAAUUCCAACUACAAGAACGAUACUAUGAUCAGAAAAGAAGUCUACGUGCACCCUUGCGUUAUGGACGAACUGAAGCGGAUCAUAAUGGACUCUGAAAUCAUGCAAGAAGAUGAUUCCUUGUGGCCUCCUCCAGAUAGAAUUGGCAGGCAAGAGUUAGAGAUUGUGAUCAAGGAUGAGCAUAUCUCGUUCACCACCUCGAAAACGGGAUCUCUUGUGGAUGUCAGUCAGUCAAAGGAUCCAGAGGGACUCCGUUGUUUCUACUACCUUGUUCAAGACUUGAAGUGUCUUGUGUUUUCAUUGAUUGGACUGCAUUUUAAGAUUAAGCCUAUAUAA